AUGAAGCUCAAAAGUAUACUUCGCGGUCUUUUGCUGCUAGCAGCUUCUGGGGUAGCCCUGACAGACACGACCCACGGUUCCAGCGGACUCUACGACGCCAAAUUCCACUAUCGACCAAAAUAUCAGAAGAAUUGGGAAGGAUGGGUGAUGCCAGAGGAGCUAGCUCCUAUGCCGCAGUGCAUCGCUCAGCAAGACCAGACCGCAUGGCUGAGUGCCAUGACCCGAUGCACCAGACAUCGAUGCAUCAACUACUUCAUCGUCUGUACGUAUUUUAUUUGGCUCACUGAACUGAGCUGCCUCAGCGCCGAAUUCUCUCCGAGCACCGUCGAACCCUACAUGGAAUAUUGCAGUCGAUCGAUACUCGCCAAAGCACAACUUGCCAUCUGGAUAAAGCAAAUCACCGGUCGGAACUGGCUCGUUCACGCCGGCGACAUCAACGACCUCCAGGGUCUAUCGGAAAGAAGCUUGACACAAGGAUAUGACUUUGUCAGCGUCACGCAAAAGGCACCAACAUGCCUCAAAAAAGCGACAUCUCCAUACCACGACCCUUUUGACCACGUGCUAGGAUCCUGCAGCUUCACGGACACGACACUUCACAACGGCAACGCAGAUCGACCCUGGGAAUACAGCAUCGCUCGAGAGUCCAUCCUUCCCCUUAGCUUUGACACCGUCGGUUACGACCUGACAAACCGGCGCAUCUCUUCGGGCGUAUAUUUCGACAAAGGGUGUUUCUGCAAUCAUUUCUCAGUAGAUCCACACCACGAACCAUGUUCAGAUCAGCUGGAAUUGACAAAAGCAAGGCUAUGGUUGCACGCCAUAUGCGGGUCCUCAAGGCUCCCACAGGACUGGGAAAAGCCGCUGAAACUCCUUGGAGAAGACUACAUUUCGGAAUCCAAAUGGGCACAGUCUACGCACAUCCCCUACAUGCCGCAGAGCAUCACAAAAGUUUCACGUCAAUGCAAGACUAAGGCCUGCGAUACCGACCUUGAAGGCUUUUGCCAUGUGGAGAAGGCCAUAGACAGGACUUGUGUUUGUGGUAAAGUCGACUACAGCCUCUGUAAAGGUCCGUGCCAAAACUUCGAGUCAAGAAAGCAAUACGAUGAGUGGCUAUAUACACUAUGCGACGACGUCUGGCGUGAUUGGGAAACACUUAAGCGCGGCGAUAUGAUCCCAUGGACUUGGAAUCUUCGGUCAGCGAAUCGGGAAGUUGGGACAUGUCCCUCCUACUCGAUCAACAUGAUCAGCAUGGCCAUUACAAAUGUGGUAACCUUUCUGGCGGUAUCCCUCGGGGAGAGAUGCUUCCGCACCAUAACUAGCCUCGAGCCCCAUCCGAAAAGCCCAGCCUGGGUUUUGAGAGGGCUUUUUCUCGCCGUUAUCAUAUUAAGCGGCAUCUGGGCCAAUGCCAAAUAUAUCCAGAGCACGCCUGGUUACGAGGAUAUUCCCAUCUUCCAUCUAUUGCUUCUUUGGUGCUCACUACCUCGCCUCGGCUGGCUCGUUAUAGCACCCAUGAGUAUUCAUAGUCAUAAAUCGAGGGAUCUGGUAACAUCAUGCUCGGGUCUUUACGCGGAGGCUCUCCUGCAGAUUCUGAACAUGUAUUACAUGACUGAGACCGUCACUCGUGGAAUACAGCACUUCUUCCAUUAUGGUAUCGUGCCUGACCAAGAAAUCGGAUAUUAUGCUUGGUUCAUGUAUGGUGGAGCGCUCCUUUGGCUUGUCGCCGUGGCCUUAAUGGCUGUAACGAUCAUCCGAAUCAUGCGCCGAGUAUCCACAAGCCAUACUGUCGUCUACAGAGUAGUAGGGGAUUUAUCGACAUGCGACAACAACGAAUGCAGGCCAACACCUGACAGAGGUGUCAAUGAAUUGCGGUUCAAUCCUGAGCGGAGUCGCCCAGUGGAGAGGUCUAACUACGGUACCAUUCCAGCGGUGGCUGGGCCCAGUCAACCUCCCGAGACUCCAAGAGAGCCUCACCUGAGCCUUCCUCGCGCAAUGGCUCUUUUGGAUCGGAUUCAUUGGUGUCAGUGGAACAAAGCUUAUGCUCGAUGA